AUCUCACUAAGCCGAAAUGGAAAUGCCUGCCUCAGCAAUCGGCUUCGAAGGCUAUGAGAAGAGGCUCGAGAUUUCAUUUUCCGAGCCUGGUGUAUUUGCUGACCCUUCUGGGUCCGGACUUCGAUCCCUUUCGAAGUGCCAGCUGGAUGAAAUCUUAGACCCAGCACAGUGCACCAUUGUCUCAUCUCUCAAGAACGAUGAUGUGGAUUCCUAUGUCCUAUCCGAGUCCAGCCUCUUUGUCUACCCAUACAAGAUCAUUGUGAAAACUUGUGGGACCACCAGACUUCUGCUUUCAAUCCCACCCAUACUCAAAAUGGCCGAUACACUCGGGCUGACUGUGAGUUCCGUUCGCUACACCCGCGGCAGUUUCAUAUUUCCAGGCGCCCAGCCGUUUCCCCACCGGAGCUUCACCGAAGAAGUAGUUGUUCUUGAUGAACAUUUCACCAAACUGGGUCUCAUUAGCAAAGCUUACGUGAUGGGGGGUGCAGAUGAGUACGAAAAGUGGCACGUGUAUUCUGCAUGUGCCGCCACGUCAGCGACCGAAACGGUCCCUGUUUACACCCUGGAGAUGUGCAUGACCAAUUUGGACCAGAAGAAAGCCUCCGUCUUCUUCAAGAACCAGUCCAGCUCUGCAGCUGUCAUGACUGAGGUAUCGGGAAUCAGAAAGAUCCUUCCUGAAUCUGAUAUUUGCGACUUUGACUUCGAGCCGUGUGGCUACUCCAUGAAUGCGAUUGAAGGUGGGGCGAUUUCGACAAUUCACAUCACCCCGGAAGAUGGGUUCAGCUACGCCAGCUUUGAGGCGGUUGGGUAUGAGUUCGAAAGAGACGAUUUGAGCCAGCUUGUGGAGAGGGUGCUGGAUUGCUUCAAGCCAGCAAAGUUUUCUGUGUCUUUGCAUUCUUCUGUUUCUGGGGAUGAAGUCGAUACCGAGUUUGGUGCACUGGAUAUUGAGGGGUAUAGGUGUGGAGAAAAGAGCUUCGAAGAGCUCGGUGAUGGAGGAGCAAUGGUGUACAGCAGCUUCACUAGCAAUGGAGGAUGUGGGUCCCCCAAGUCUACUCUGCAGUGCUGCUGGAGUGAGAAUGAGGAUGAGGAAGUUUCUGCCAAGAAAUGAUUUUAUUAUCUCUCUAUAUAUAACUAUAUUCUUCUUUCACCGGUGUGUCUUUUAUUUGAAAACUGGAAUAUUAUAUUAUUAUCUUUAGUGUUGGAGAAAAUAAAUUUGAUCGGAGUGAAGAUUGAUAUAUAUUACUGCUGUUUGUAAUGAAGUCUCAGAUAUUGAUAUAUGUAUUACUACUGGUUGCAAUAAACUUAUGGAUUGCUUAUAUAUUA